CCUCGACCUGGCUCACAGGGCGCCGGCCCCCAAGCGGGCGUCGCUUUUCCAAGCGCUGCGUCGGCGCUGGCGCCGGCCGAGCGCGCCUCGCCGGGCCGGGCCGCCCGGAUCCCGCCGCUGGCCCUGCGGCAUGCGGGCCGCGGCGGCGUCCCGGCCGCACGCGCGCCACCUCGGGCGCGGCAGCCCAGCCCCGGAGGCGCUGCCCGGGCGCUGCCGUUUCGGGCGGAGGAGGCCUCGGGCCCGCACCCUGUGGCGGACCAAAGGCGGGGCCUGCACGCGGCAGCGCCGCGCCUGCACGUGAUGAAGAGCAGCUGGCAGCGGCUGCGGGUGCCCCACGACCCAAGCAACCCGAGCCCGGCGCAGGUUCUCAAGCAGAUGGACAACAACAAGACGGCAGGGGAACGGUCUCGGGAGCGGGGGGGCGGCGCCGACCGGGAGGCAAACCUCGGGCCUAAGGCUCACCUCCAGCACCCGGGCAACUUCCCCCGCGCCGCGGGCGCCGUGGGGGCCGCCAGCACGCCGCGGGCCGCGGGUGCCGACCUGGCGUCACGCGCCAGGGGCGGCGGCGACGACGACGGCAUGGUGCACCAGUGGCGGCCGAGGUUUGCCAAGUCGCCCGACGCCGCGGCCGCGCAGCCCAAGGCUCGCAGCAAGAAGGCCGCGCUCGGCAGCGAGGAGCGCCCGGCGGCCGAGGUCUGGGGCAUGAGGAUUGUCGCCGGGAUGGUGCUGACGGCGGUCUACCUGCAGGUGAAGGACAUGGCCUUCAGCCCGACCGGCGGCCUGCGGAAGCAGCUCCCGCGCAUGCAGAUGCCCGAGCAGCAGUGA